AUGUGGCGGGUUGGUGGAGCAGCAAAGUUGAACCUAAAGCAGUAUUUCCUCUUUGCUCAUUCUUCCCGCACGGGCCGCCGCUCCCUCUGGCAGGAUCGGAAGGCAGCUAAGGCGGGAGGCAUCCAGGCUGAGCCGUUGCGCCCCGCAAAGCCGCAGGUGGGGGGCUUUAAACCUGUUCAGCGAGCAGUGCUUGAAUCUCGCCUUUGUGGCUCUUCUGAAUUUUCUCAGUCCUCCUGCCUCUGCAGCGAUUGUUUUUUCUCUGCCCAGCCCUCCCGCCUUCCAUCCAGAAGCCUGCGCUCAGGGCACCUAAUGGGGAAAAAGAGCACAGGAGAGUCCCCAUAUGUUUACGAGGGAGGGAGCCCGAAGUACCAGCUGCGGCAGCACAUCCUGUGGGAAGAAGCAGCGAGGACUCUGCUAGGCCUCAUGGAAGGAAAGGGGACCGGAAGCCACCAGUCACCUCCACAGGGCCCCCUGGGUAUUCUCCAGUCUACUCCGGAUUCCGAUUCCGAGGAUAGCAGCAACUUUUCAGAUGUAGGUUCAAGACUCAAAGGUUCUCAAUGUGAAGGGAGGAACCCCCAGCUGAACCGACAAUGAUGGCCUCUCUCAAAGAAGCAAAACAGAACCCUUGAGAAUGCAUUCCACAGGCAUCAAUUCUACCGGCUCAUCCACCAGAUUUCCUUUGUGCAAAAUACUUAACUAUUCUUGUAUCUUUCAACCUUGACUAAAUUCGUGGUUUUCAAGCAGCAUCUUCUGGUUUGAAUUUGUCUUCUGUGAAAUUAUUGUCCAUAAAGAGUCUUCCAAGUAAUGCUCUUGGAAUUUAGCCUCUGUGUCAAUUACAUUCCAGUCUCUGACCUGUUACCAUUCACAAUAAAAGCUUAAACACACCGUCCAAAGGGCAGGUAGUUUUAUUUCAAUUCCU